AUGCGUAUCACCCGUUCAUGCAGGGCCUCCCCCUACAACUCCAACGCCCCGUACGGCUCGACGUCCCACGGCGGCAACGACUACUAUGGAUCCGGCCAGCCGGACAAGCUGCCACAGCCACAGUCCCAGGUGGACGAGGUGGUGUCCAUCAUGCACCAGAACCUGGGCAAGGUGAUGGAGCGCGGCGAGCGUCUGGACGACCUCCAGGAGCGCACUGACCAGCUGCAGAACCAGGCCAACCAGUUCCGCACCGGUGCCACCAAGAUCCGCAAGCAGUUCUGGUGGAAGAACGUCAAGCUCAACCUCAUCAUCGCGGGUAUCGUGAUCCUCCUGCUUAUCAUCAUCAUCGCCUGA